UGCAUACAACAUGUCUGCGCCCAUGAACACACGUCUCCCGUCCAAAGACGUUUAUUAUUUUACAAUACGAUCAAAUAUAUAUCAGGUCGUAUUACUUUCAUUGCUUAUUUUUCUUCCAUGGAAUACAAAGACUGUCUUAGAUAUCGUAUCAUAUACUUUGCUCUCAUCUGAAAUUCUGAUUUGUGCCAUUUUGAUCUCAAACUUUUUAAUAGGGUUGUAUGUUUCACAAAAAAGUAACCUUGUCAAAAAGUCAGUGUCAUACAGAGUCCGUGCAGUUUUAAAAGGAGCCUGCUUUUACAUGCUGGCAGCCUGUUUCUUUCAUGUGAUAGCUGUUCUCUAUGGAGCACCAUUUUUUGAGUCUAUUUCCCAGACCUUUCACUUUGGAGCCCUGCUGGCUAGCACUGCAGUCUUCCCAGGCCUUUGUUUACUAGGGCUUAAUGUGUCAAGCUGGAUCAGAGUCUUCUCACUCAAUAGUGCAGACCUGGGACCAGAGUCAGUUGUACAAAUCACAGCCCUGUCUUCCAUUGUUGGAGCGUGGCUUGGAGCAUUUCCUAUUCCUCUGGACUGGGACAGAGACUGGCAGGAAUGGCCAAUAACAUGUAUGGUGGGAACCUUGUUUAGUUACAUGACAGGAUUAGUAAUUGCUACUCUUCACCUGUGUAUCCGUUAUAAUCAACUAAGGAAGCACAAAGUCACAUGACACCAGGACAACCAAAGACUGUGUAUCAUACUGACUAAUGAUUUAUUGUAUGCAUGUAUGUCAUUUCAAAUGAAGGAAGUAUUUUCAAUGUUUUGGGAAAUGGUUUCUUUUCACAAAAUCAAAAUACAUUUAUUAUUUAUUGAACAAAGAUUUUCAUUAACCUAUACUAGAUAUGCAUAAUUGGGAUAUGGUACAUGUCUAUUAAGUUCAUUGUUUAUUACUUAAUAUUUCAUAUUUUUGUAUGCUCUUUUUUGGAACUAGUCUUUUGAAUAAAAUUUUUCAGAUUGUUA